CGAGACCCAAGAUGUCUGCGCCCGGUUGAAAGUUCAAAACAACGUCCCACAUUGUCAACUUUGAAAAAUGAGUUUGAGCAAGGAUAAGUCUAACGAAAAUGCCUUUGAAAAGGCUCUUAAAGCUUACCUUGGAUUGUUACAGUCAAGACCCGUACUUACAAAAGCCAUCACCAGUUCUACAGUUUCAGCAGUUGGUAACAUUAUAUCACAGUUGAUUGUCCCUAACCAACAAAAUGGUGGCAAAAUUGCCUGGCGAAGUGUGGCUUCUUAUGCCUCCUUUAGUUUUGUAGUAAGUGGACCAUUGAUACAUUAUUUCUACAUAUGGAUGGAUAAGUUGAUACCAAAGAAGAAAGAAUCAGCCACAUUUGAUGGAAUCAAGAGAGUUAUAUUUGACAGAUUUAUAUUUGCACCUCCAUUUAUACUCCUCUUUUUAUAUGCAGUUACAAUGCUAGAGGGUUCAGGGCACGAGGCAGCUAUUGCAAAGAUUAAAGAAACUUUCUGGCCGAUACUAAAAAUGAACUGGCAGAUUUGGACAGUGUUCCAGUUUAUUAAUGUAAACUAUGUACCUCUGAAGUACCGUGUUUUAUUUGGUAAUGCAGUAGCUUUGGUUUGGUCCGUCAUUGUUGCAGUUAAGAGAAGACAAUUAGCACAGUGAAACAAAAAGACAACUGUUGCCUUGGAUACAGCGUAAACAGAAAACAUUAUGACAAUUUGUAAUUUUGGAGAAAGAUCAGUAUUAGAUAUAAGAAAAACAUGUAAAUCUUAAAUUCUUGCAGACCUGUUUGGUCCUAGAAAUCCACAAAUUUAAAUUCUGAAUAAAUAAACCAGUUUACAGUAACUGUCUUAUGGAGUAAUGAGAGAUGCAGUUGAUUAACUGGUUGACCACUGCAGCCAGUUAAUGUGUCCAAAUGUCCAAUCAUGUGGUAGUGACCACCUUAGCCUGUAACAAUAUCCAAUAAGGUGAUAUUUUGUAUUUAGUGAAUUUUUAAGACCAAAGAUUUUAACAAUGUUUUAAAUCUAAGGGAAGUCUUAAGAGGGACUAGGGUUAUGCAUAUUUUCUAAAUAAUAUUCUUAUUCCCAACUUUGAAGAAAACAUUAUUUUGAUCAGGGAGAAGGAAAAAAAAUUCUGAUUGUCUAAUUGAGUUUUUGUUAUUAAAUUAAUGUUUAGUUUUUUAAAAAUUGUCACUUUAGUGACAAAAAAAUAAAAAAAAUUCAGAAUGAACCCCCCCCCCCCCCCACCCCCCCCCCCCCCCCCCCCACCCUCAAAUGGUUGUUCAAUAUAUAUUGUACUUUAUGUGAUGUUCAAAACUUUUUUAAGAAGAGUUAUUUUUUAAUGUUACUGUAAUUUCAUUCUUGAAAAUCUUGAUUACCAUUCUUCUGAAGGAACUCUUCAGUCAUAAAAUUGACAUAAUAGGGAAUUAAUAUAUAUCUCAAACAUUGGUUAUUUGUGGGUAAAGAGAAUAUAAGAAUUUUCUUUAUUUCAAAGCUGAUUGUAAAAGGUUAGUAUUAAAGAUGAGAUAGGAUCAUUGUUUAUAAUACAAUCUCUGUAUAUUUUGACUAAGUUCUAAAUAAUUUCUAUAUUUAUCAGAUUGAAAUAUGCUAAUUUGCAAUUUUGCUAUGAAGCUAUACACAUCCUUUAUAUUUUUUUCAUAGAAUUCAUAUACCGGUAACCAAACAGGUGGAUUUAAUGUGGUUUAGUUUCAGAUUUAUUUCAAAUUUAUCAAGUUAUUGUAAACUGAUGAAACUGUUGAAAGAGUGUUGAGUAUUUCCAUAAUUAAAAUGUAUGUAAGGUUUAGUAUGUAUGAACAGUAACUAUAGUAAUAUUGUUAAAGGGUAGACCUUAAUAAGGGAGAUAACUCUUUACAUCAGUACAAUGUUUGUUAAAGUUAGUUUCAUCAAUGCCUUUUAAGCAUCUAUGUGAAAUUAAAUUUAGCUUUGAAAAUGGCUGAAACAAAUGUAUUAGUAAAUUAAAUAUUUUAAAGAGUUAUUUCCCUUUAAUGGGGCAUCUCAGAUGUGACAGAUUAUUUAUGUAUUUUUCACAUAAAAGAUAUACACACUACUGCACCAUGCAGAAAAUUUAUGUUGAAACACACAUAACCUUCAAUCACAAUUUCAUUCAUUUUCAUAAAACUAGAUACUUUGAGAUGCUCCAAGAGAAACUUUGUGUAAUCAGAUGUAUGAUUAAUGAUUGAAUUAUAUCAACAUAUAACUAUGAAUAAAACAAGGAGAUUGAGGUAGUCA